AUGUCGGCCUGGACUCAGCUGGGACUCCUGCUGUGGAAGAACUUCACCUACAGACGGCGUCAGACCUUGCAGCUGCUGGUGGAGAUCUUGUGGCCGCUCUUCAUCUUCUUCAUCCUCAUCGCCGUCCGCGUCAACUACCCUCCGUACGAGCAGCAUGAGUGUCAUUUCCCAAACAAAGCCAUGCCGUCGGCGGGUACGUUGCCGUGGAUACAGGGCAUCUUGUGUAACGCCAACAACCCAUGCUUCAGGAGCCCCACUCCGGGAGAGUCUCCGGGGGUCGUUGGGAACUUCAACGACUCCAUAAUCUCUCGACUUUUCUCCGAUGCCAAGAAGAUCCUGCUGUACAGCCAGAAUGACAAGAACCUGGAGGGCUUCAAGGAGCUGUCCUCUGCUCUGCGGGAACUACAGGAGAGCAGAACAGGGUUCCAGCUGAGACACUUCUUACAGGAGAACGAGACCCUGAGCCACUUUCUGAAGAACAACGCUUCAUUACCUCAGAGCAGCGUGGAUCACAUCCUGUCUGCUCCAGUUAACCUCAACCAGAUCCUGCUGAAGGGCUUUGGUGUGCACCUCACAGACUUGUGCCCCUCUAAACCAAGAAGCCGCAACCUGAGUGAAUACAUAACCAUCUCUGACCCUGCUCUCCAAUCAGAGCUCACAGACAAGAUCUGCACAGCGCCGCCCUCCUGGCUGCAGGCGGCAGAGCAACUCUUCCUGCAGAACCUCGACUUCUUCAGACCCGUCAAGCAGCAGCAGAAGAGCGGCAUGACCUCUGAUCCCGAGGCGGUCAAUCGUGUUGCUGUGGCAACCAACAACCUGCUGGACACCAUGGGCCUGCUGGCGGUGGAGUUUGCUGAUGUCACAGGUGUGGUGUGCCUGCUGCGCUGCCAGCCAACUCUCCUGAUCGCAGGCCUCAGGCACUCCCACAACUUUCACGAUCUGGGAGAUGAUCGCACUUGGUGCUUCCAGUUUUUGAAGUUGGCUCCAAAGCGUAAGCCUCAAGUGAGUAGCCUUGCAGAUGGAGAGGAAAAUGGAUAUGGAGGAGCGGAGGCCCUCUGUGAUGAUCCACAAACUCCAAGUAUGGCGGACAUAGCAAACCUGCUCCAGGGCUUGGUGAGGAGGCAAACUGAGCAUGAUGCAAGAUGGGAGCAGGAAAAGCUACAGCAGGAGAACCGGUGGCAGUCCAUGGAGCGCCGGGUGGACCAGCUUCAGCAGGAGGUUAAAGCUGAGCGUCCAGAUACUCCUCCAGUGGUGGUCGGUGCAGCACCUGCAGCUCAAGCAGAAAGCCCCAAUGUUCCAGCUAUGAAUGUUGAUUCCUGUGAUGCCCAGGAGCAGAGGUCAAAGACUGUGAUUGGCAUUUAUGCGAACUUGUCCAAUGACGACACUCCAGAGGAUGUGGGAGUCAUCAUUGAGGGAGUGACCGUGCUGCAGGAACUUGCUGUAUUGGGCCUCGCCGCACUGGGCCUCGCUCGCACUGGGCCUCAACGUACUGGGCCUCGUGGCACUGGGCCUCGCUGGUACUGGGCCCCGCCGUACUGGGCCUCGUCGUACUGUGCCUUGCCACACUAG